GUUCGUGCUCUCCAGGACAGUGGCCAGGGAGUGUAUGUAAAGGGGGGGCCUGUGCUGUCCCCUGGGCCAGGCCCUACUUGCUCCAGGGUGGGUCCCGGCAGGGAUCUGGCCAGCGUAAAGGAGAAGGGCCAGUGCCACGCCAAAGUUAGGAGUCCAGUAGGGUGACGACUGCCUCACAGAGCAACCAAUCCAUCGGGGAGGCACCUCCGGUGAGCCAGGGGUGGAGAGGCUUGGGACUCCUCGCAGUGCUGCCGGGCAAGUACAGACCUUCCGGCCCCAUCUGUGAAAUGGGCGGUGCGGGGAAGCCUUCCUGCAAAGGGGCGUUCUCAGUCAACGUUCCCAGCCCGAGCUGCGCCCACAUGGCCGGGCCCCUGCAGAGGGAAAAUGAGGUCGGUCCCGCCCUGGGGGGCCGCGGGAGGGGCCACAGGAUCUCCUUCGGCGGGCGCGGGCGUCCACUAGCGCCCAGGGCCGUUCCGGAGCUCCCUGACCCCAGCGGCCCGCGCGCCGGGCCUAUACGGUAACAGACGGGGAGAGCGCCUACUCCAGGCAAUACGGUGGCGGCUCCUCCCUUGGCGCGGUCACGUCGCCCACGUCCCUCGGCCAAGCCAAGCGCGCUGGGCCGGGACGGGCGGAGCUUGCUCCCUUCCCACGUCCCUCCCUGUCUCUACCGCCCCCGCCCCACCAGGCCCACCGGGGUGGUGGCGGGAGGGGCCCUUACUGGCGAGCGGGCUUGCUGAUGCAGAGGCCCCUCCGGGCCUUGGCCUCAGUCAAGGGGUGGGACAAGGUGGCCAUGUGAUGGGCAGGGUCCAGGGCUGGAGGGGGGCUGCCCGGGGCCUGCUCCAGCCUCUACUGGUCCCUGGCCCCUGUGGGCCUUCUAGAGGAGGGCGCCCUGACUGGCGAGCCUGCAGCCGCCCCCAGGGCCCAUGACCCCCUCCUUGUCACAUGGGGCUUCCCCAGUGCAGCGUCCAGUCUGACACAUGAAGCCAGCAUUUUUGCUCCACUGGCCUCUGCAAGAAGAUGUGAGCCCACCCGAGAGCCCUGAGGGCACCAGACAUGCCCUGGGGGGCUUGGUGGUCAGUGGAAGUGGGGCAGAGGGCCCAGGCUGGGCUUGACAGGCCUGGAUCACACCUGGGGCAGUGCCCAAGGCCCACCUCCUUCCAGCCCCAGCUCUGCACCUGGCGGGGGGGCGGCAUCUGGCGUCCUGCACAGGCCCUGGGAAGGGGACAAGCCCGCUGACCGGUGGUGCUUUCUGAGCCCUGGGCAGGCAAAGACAUCUGAUAGGCUGUUACCUGUUUGCACAACAGGGGCAGUGGGGAAAGGAAGCAAGGGGGCCUGGGGGGCCCUCCCUCCCCCAGAAGGCGUGGCAUUCCUAUGUCCAUCCACCACCCCCUUAUGCUCCAGGGACCUCGGGUGCUAGCCACAAUGGGGCUGUUUCUUUGGUGCCCAGGCGUGUCUCCCAGGCCUUCUGGUGCAGGAAGAGUCCAGGAAGGAAUGCAAUUGCCCCUUCAUGCCCCGCCCGCCUGGAGCUGGUCUCCAAGGACUGGAAGUCUGCUUAGAUAACUGGCCAGUCUCCUCAGGAGGGGAACCUACAGAGCACCUGGGAUAGGCCACAGGCUCUAGAGCCGGAGGUCACCACACUGAGCCUAGGGGACAUGGCCUGCCCUGGAACCUGACAGGCCAGAGACCCAGGAUCCAAGAACUGGUCUUUCGCACACGCUGGUGGGGAGUGGCCAGGCUGCAGCAGGCAGCGGAGCGGGCUGGACCCAACAGGCCCAGGCCCCGGGGGCUGCCCUCCCUUCCCCACACCUGCACCGAGGAGGCACUCUUCUGGAAACAGCCUCUGUCUGGGACGCACAACCCGCUCUCCUGGCCAUGGGUGGUGCCGUGGUUGACGAGGGCCCCACAGGCAUCAAGGCCCCUGAUGGGGGCUGGGGCUGGGCCGUUCUCUUUGGCUGCUUCGUCAUCACGGGCUUCUCCUACGCCUUCCCCAAGGCGGUCAGCGUCUUCUUCAAGGAGCUCAUGCGUGAGUUUGGAAUCGGUUACAGCGACACAGCCUGGAUCUCCUCCAUCCUGCUGGCCAUGUUGUAUGGGACAGGCCCACUCUGCAGCGUGUGCGUGAACCGCUUUGGCUGCCGGCCCGUCAUGCUCACGGGUGGCCUCCUGGCGUCCCUGGGCAUGGUGGCUGCGUCCUUCUGCAGAAACAUCAUCCAGCUCUACCUCACCACUGGGGUCAUUACCGGCUUGGGUUUGGCACUCAACUUCCAGCCGUCACUCAUCAUGCUCAACCGCUACUUUAACAAGAGGCGCCCCAUGGCCAACGGGCUGGCAGCCGCGGGCAGCCCCGUCUUCCUGUGCGCCCUGUCCCCACUGGGGCAGGUGCUGCAGGACCACUACGGCUGGCGGGGCGGCUUCCUCAUCCUGGGGGGCCUCCUGCUCAACUGCUGCGUGUGCGCCGCGCUCAUGAGGCCCCUGGAGGCGCCCAGGCCGGGUUCGGGGCCUGCGCCCCAGCGGCCAUCCCGGCGGCUGCUGGACCUGAGUGUCUUCAGGGACCGUGGCUUUGUCAUCUACGCCAUGGCCGCCUCCAUCAUGGUGCUGGGGCUCUUUGUGCCCCCCGUGUUUGUGGUGAGCUACGCCAAGGACCUGGGUGUGCCCGACACCCAGGCUGCCUUCCUGCUCACUGUGCUGGGCUUCGUCGACAUCUUUGCGCGGCCCACCGCCGGCUUCAUCACAGGCCUUAAGAAGGUGCGGCCCUACUCCGUCUACCUCUUCAGCUUCUCCAUGUUCUUCAAUGGCUUCACUGACCUCACGGGGUCCACAGCCAGCGACUACGGAGGCCUGGUGGUCUUCUGCAUCUUCUUCGGCAUCUCUUACGGCAUGGUGGGGGCCUUGCAGUUCGAGGUGCUCAUGGCUAUCGUGGGCACCCAGAAGUUCUCCAGUGCCAUUGGCCUUGUGCUCCUGCUGGAGGCCAUCGCUGUGCUCAUUGGGCCCCCAUCAGGAGGCAAGCUCCUGGAUGCGACGCACGUCUACCAGUACGUGUUUGUCCUGGCAGGGGCCGAGGUGCUGGCCUCCUCCCUCGUGCUGGUGCUGGGCAACUUCUGCAUUAGGAGGAGGCCCGAGGCGGCCGUGGAGGAAGAGGAGCGCCACAAGCCCCCCGCGGACGUGAGGGUGGACUCUCGGGAGGUGGAGCACUUCCUGAAAGCAGAGCCCGAGAAAAACGGGGAGGUCGUUCACACCCCAGAAACAAGCGUCUGAGCCCAGGAGGCCAGUGGGGGUGACGG